AUGGGAACUGGCCGCCUCGUGUUCCACCUCCUCCUCCUCUCCAACGUGCUCCUCCAUGCCCUCCUCGCCACGCCCGCGGAGGGCCUUGUCCGCAUCGCGCUGAAGAAGCGACCAGUCGACGAGAACGGCGUCGUCCUCGUCGCUGGCCGCCUCACCGGAGAUGACGCCGAGGCAAAGGGCCACGUCGUGGCACUGAAGAACUACCACAACGCUCAGUACCACGGCGAGAUCGGCAUCGGAACGCCGCCGCAGAACUUCACCGUCAUCUUCGACACAGGCAGCUCCAACCUCUGGGUGCCCUCCUCCAAGUGCUUCCUCUCGAUUGCAUGCUACUUCCAUGCGAGCUACAAGGCCAAGCGGUCCAGCACGUACAAGAAGAAUGGAAAAAUAGUUGCAAUUCAGUAUGGAACUGGUGCAAUUUCUGGCUAUGUUAGCCAGGACAAUGUGCAAGUUGGUGAUGUAGUUGUGAAAAAUCAGGAUUUUAUUGAAGCUACCAGGGAACCAAGUAUUACUUUUAUGGUUGCAAAAUUUGAUGGCAUUUUUGGUCUUGGGUUUAAAGAAAUCUCGAAAGGUGAUGUUGUACCUGUCUGGUAUAACAUGGUUAGCCAAGGCCUAGUUAGUAGCCCUAUUUUCUCAUUGUGGUUGAACAGACAUGCCGGUGAAGGGCAAGGGGGGGAAAUUGUGUUUGGAGGAAUUGAUCCUAAUCAUCAUAACGGAGAUCAUACAUAUGUCCCUGUUACUAGGAAGGGAUACUGGCAGUUUGAUAUGGGUGAUGUCUUGAUUGGAGGAAAUUCCACAGGAUUAUGUGCGUCUCGCUGUGCAGCUAUAGCAGAUUCUGGAACUUCAUUGCUUUCUGGUCCCACGGCGAUAAUUACUCAAAUAAAUGAAAAGAUCGGUGCACCUGGGGUAGUCAGCCAAGAGUGCAAGGCCGUUGUUUCUCAGUAUGGGCAACGGAUCCUAGAUCUGCUGUUAAAGGAGAUGGAUCCAUCAAAAAUAUGCUCUUUAGUCGGUCUAUGUACUCCAGAUGGAACACAAGGUGUAAGGGCUGGUAGUCGAAGUGUGCUAGAUCAUGAAGGUGGGAGAUCAAAUGAUGUCAUGUGCCAUGCUUGUGAGAUGGCUGUUGUAUGGAUGACGAACCAACUUGCAAAGAAUCAAACUCAGGAUCUUAUUUUUAAGUACAUUAAUCAGGCAUGUUUCCUAGUAUAUCUUGUAACACCACUAUGUGACCGUAUUCCUAGCCCUAUGGGAGAAUCAUCUGUGGACUGCGGCAGACUUGCAUCCAUGCCUGACAUCGCUUUCUCCAUCGGGGGCAAACAGUUUGUGCUGACACCAGAGCAAUAUAUCCUGAAGAUCGGUGAGGGGGAUGCUACCCAGUGCAUCAGCGGAUUCACGGCCAUGGACAUUCCUCGUCCCCGUGGCCCUCUCUGGAUCCUGGGCGAUAUAUUCAUGGGAGCCUACCAUACCGUCUUCGACUAUGGCAACAUGAAGAUUGGGUUCGCGAAGGCGGCAUAG